UCUGUGUACAUGUGUUGACUGCCACUGCAUGGCGUUGUGCGCACUGUGCAUGCGUGUGCGGGUUUUUAGUUUGGCGAAAAAGGAAGUGUUCUGUUGCAAAGGCAGCGAGGGGUUUUCCCUGGCUCCUCCCUCUCGUGCAGGGCGUUCACGUGUUGCAAGAAAAUACGCAAUUCCCAUCCAUUGUGUGUUCCCUCGCUUCAUUCAAAUGGUGCGUUUUUUUCCAAAAAAUAAGAACUGCAAUUGUAUUUGAUUAAACUGCAACGAUUUGGUCAUCACGAAGGAAUCGAUUACUUCACCCAUCGCAGUGCGGUUUGCGUUUUACAUAAUGCCUCAGAUUGAUCCACUAGGAUGCGUAUUAAUCACCCGCAAGUGCAUUCUGUUUUCUCUCGCAUUGGCACCAGGGUGUUUCCUCAGAAAUCACGCACACGCACGCUAGGAGAGAUAGAUAGAGAGGGAGAGAUCGAGAGAGAGAGAGAGGGAGGGAGGGUGAGACAGGCAGGCUUUGCAUGCAGACAGACUGACUGACAGGCGUGAACGUCUCCUUCUCCGCCUCGUCCGCGUCGUCGACUCUGCUGUGGAAAAAUCCAAAGUGUUGCAUCCCCAGAUGUACGCAGGCGCUGGCAUCGUCUCCUCCUCAAGUCUCAGCUCCACUCAAGGCCCGGAACCCGGUUUUCCCGACAUGCGCUUGUGAAGUGAAGUGCAAAGAUGCCGCGCACUAAGCAAAACAACCCGAAAAAUCUAAAAGAUAAAAUCGAAGAGGCACAGAAGGAGCUUAAAGAUACAAGUUCAACGAAAGGGACAUCCGGAAGCAGUCGACGUAUUGAAGAUAACAUCAAAGGCCUGAAGAGGAAAAAGGUCGUUGCGGAGAACAAGCUGAAGAAAAUUCCUAAAUCUCCAGUGAAGAAACCUCUGCAGUUAAAAACUCCUGAUACUGUUCACCAAGGAGGAUCCCCUAAGGAAAAUAGACCCUCUUGUUCCCCUGCUUCCCACAGUCCUUCCCAUCAUCCUUCAGCAUCGCCGAAUGGGAAAAGCGAAUCACAUGAUGCUCAGCCUGUUGAACCAUCCCCUGACAAAGGGGCAUCUGUCACUGACCAUGAAAGGCUGAAGCAAGAGGAAACUAAGUCAUCGCCUCUAACGCAUGAACCAACCAAUGAGGAGGAGGUUUCUUUGAAAGUGGCGCAACCUACAGACGGUAACACCCAAGACCGCGGCAUUGAUAAAACUGAUAAAGAUCCAUACCACACCAGUGCUCCACUUGAUGUCCUGCUGAAAGCAAUGGAGCCUGACAUGCUCACACUUGCCGAGAGGAAAAAUUCCUUCCAAGUCUCAGGUCAACCCACUGGUGAAUUUUCCAACAUGCCAGCUGUCAAUAUUGGUCUUCAAACUCAAUCGCCUCCGAUGCAGACUUAUUAUAUUGACAAACAGGGUAAUUUCAUUGGCAUUGCGGCACCAUUACAGGGAGGAGUACAGGCAUCGACGCAGGGUGAGGCUUUGCAGCCGCUGUCGUUUCCGAAUCAACAUUUUAUUCCUGUUGUUUCUAAUCCAGAAAAGCCAAGCAUCCACAUGAGUUUCAAUACCGGACCGUCAACAAUAACUCAUACACCCGUUCCCUCGGGCUCAAAUGCUUUGCCAAAAAGUCAACCCCCAAUUGUGCAAACCUGCCGGUCGCUUUCAGCAACUGUUCCCAGCACCAUUCAGGUGCCGGUCACACCUGGAAACAACCAUGUUCAGAUCACGACUGUAAUGAACUUUGGUGCUGAGCAUAUUUCCAAGGACCAAAAGCCCAAGAAGCCAGGAAAGUAUGUUUGUGAAUACUGCAACCGACCAUGCGCAAAACCCAGUGUGCUGCUCAAACACAUCAGGUCCCACACAGGAGAAAGACCGUACCCUUGUGUAACCUGCGGCUUCUCUUUCAAAACCAAGAGUAACUUGUAUAAGCACAAGAAAUCCCAUGCUCAUGCUAUAAAACUCGGUCUCAUUGCACGCUCUGAAUCAGGAGGUGGACUUCUACCUCAAGAAUCAGACAAAGCCCUUGGAACUCAUUCGGAGGUGGAGGAGAGUGGGGACAGUGACGAAGAAGGUAGCACUGUAGACCUGGAUCCGGACUCAUCACAGAGCAGCGCGGCAGCCUUGUCUGAAAACAGCUUACAGAGUUUGGGUACGUCGCAAGCAAUCUACGGUGAAGCGGACUCAUCAGCCGUGUUCGAUUCCGUGAAACCGACCCCUGCUCAGAGAAAUCAUGAGCCUAAAGUGACGGCUGCGCUGCCAAAAGUUGUUGUUUACCCAGUUAAUGUUUCGCCUCUAAGGGCGGAUAGUCCGAGAGUUACGGGCGCGGCGCCUGAACAAGCUGCUUCACAACGCCAACGAGAGUUUCCGACUGCCAAUGUUAGAUCAAACAUCAUGGUCCUGUCGUCUCUGAAAGAGAUAGUUGCCACAAGUCCCUCACUGGAUACGGUGAGCGAAGAUGAAGAUCAGCAAUGUAAAUCUCCACUUUUAAGCGGACAUGCUCAGCUUCAGAGGCAACAAGCUACCGACUUUUCUCUGCAGCAGCAGGCUAAGUGUCUACUCAGCCCUCGUAGUUUGGGAAGCACGGAUUCCGGCUACUUCUCUCGCUCUGAAAGUGCUGACCAAGCAAUGAGUCCACCUAGUCCAUUUGUGAAGAUCACACCACCAGCUGACAUUGACCUACCCAAAAAGGAUAUCUCUAAUGCCCCUCCUGUUAUUUCUACAGUCAUGCGUGUGGCGACAGAGCAAAGAUCCCAAGGAACAGAGGGUCAAAUGCGUCCCCCAUUAGAAACAAAAGCCCUCUCUUUGGAAGAACGAAUCUCAAAACUGAUAUCUGACAACGAGGCAGUGGUUGACAACAAGCAAUUGGACAGUGUUAAACCAAGGAGGACCUCUCUGUCAAGAAGGGGCAGCAUUGACUCCCCCAAGUCGUACAUAUUUAAAGAUUCCUUUCAAUUUGAUCUUAAACCAAUAGGACGGAGGUCAAGUUCAAGUUCAGAUAUCCCAAAGUCGCCAUUCACGCCCACGGAUAAAUCAAAACCGGUUUUUCUUCUCUCUGUACCUUCUCAAUAUCCCCCAAUGGAUUGUUUGCCCAUAACGAGGAGUAACUCCAUGCCGACAACACCGGGACACUCUGCUCUUCCGCUUAAUAUUGCUCACCUGGCUCACCCUUUGCGAAUAUGUCAUUCUUUUGAUGAGAAAGCUUCAAUAAACGAUGAUGUAUUUUCAUCCGCACCAUCAACCCCCAAUCCGGCAAUACAUUCCCGGACAUUAGUCAGACAAGCAGCAGUGGAGGACUUUUCCACCAGCGAAGGGCACAGACUUCCGACCGUCCGUUCAAUGGAUGAUGGAUAUCAUGCGUUAAACAAUAGCACAGAAUUGAUGCAAAGAAGCCGAUCUUUUGAAUACAGUCAAGAAAGACAAAGAAAAUUUCAACAGAAUAAAGGCACAAUGUAUGAAUGUGAAACUUGUCGAAAUCGGUACAGGAAGUUAGAGAAUUUUGAAACUCACAAGAAAUUUUACUGCUCGGAACUUCACGGACCAAAAAACAAGCCUGUUGUUGUUAAGGAAAGUGAUCAAGAUGUUUUUCAUGUGACCACACAGCCACAUUUAACGUCCAAGUCGAUUACCGGAUCAGGCGUUAUGGACCAACAGACGUCGUUCAGGAAGAGACGGAAAAUGAAAAGUGUCGGAGAUGAGGAUGAUCAAUCGCCGACGGACACAAAUCCACCGUGUUCGGUUAGUUUUGAUUCCGGUCAGCUACCCGCAGCCCUGGCAAGUCAAAGUUACCCCCAGCAUGGUGUCAUGGUCGAUAUACAACCCAAAAACAACCAGGCAAAGCUACCUCAAAUUCAACUCGUAGCACGAGGUGCAAGUGCUUCAGAUUCCAGACUGUCACCAAUUCGAGAAACGCAGAUCAGCACUUCUUCUAAAGGAGAAAUACAACGGCAAGGCAGUGGUACUUCAGUUAUCAGACACACCAACUCUCUCAGCAGGCCCAGUUCAUUUGAGACAGAAUCUACAGAUAAGGUUUCUCCGCUGGACGGCAAGGACAAGGACCCUGUGAAAUCCAAAACGGAUCUAUCAACAGCUAACAGUUAUCAUGACAAGUUAUCAAACCAGAAGAUGAUAGAACCUGAUUACAGAAAUCAAAGAAUUGACCAUUGCACCGAUGGUACAUUGGCAGCAACCGGAGAAACCUCUACCCCUGCCCAUCAGUGUCGUCUGGUUCGUCAAAACAACAUCCAAGUCCCUGAGAUUUUGGUCACAGAGGAGCCUGACCGAGAACACGAAUCACAGACUUCUGAACCAGCGGAAAAAGCCGCAGAUCAAUUCAGCUGGCCACAAAGAAGCGAGAGUUUGUCAAAGCUACCGGCUGAAAAGCUUCCGCCAAAAAAGAAAAGAAUUCGUCUUGCCCAAAUGGACCACUCUUCAGGCGAAUCCAGCUUUGAGUCGAGCCUCUCACGAAGCCUGAGCAGAGACAGUACUCUCUCACAUUGUUCCAGCAUUUCAGCCUCCUUUGACAGAGAAGAAGCUUCACGAUCGGAGAGUCCAUCAAGAGUGGAGUGUACCAACCCAGGUCAAGCCAAAGUAUUCAGUACACUUGGCGUUCCUGGAGCAAUGAGGCGCGCUGCAUCCGAACAGAUCACUUAUACUCAACCCUCAGUGGAAAUUUCAUGUGACUACCGUAGUAAGUCUUUUGACUGUGGCAACGUAUCCCCCAGCCGGGGUCACUCACCUGUUGGACAGCCUAAAAGUGGACAAGUCACCCAAGGGGCUCAAGUUCCACUGAUUGAAAGGAGGCGAGGGCCAUUAGUUCGUCAAAUGUCUUUAAAGAUAUGCCCGGAUAAUCAGCAGCCUGUUCGGAAAGUCUUAACUCUUGACAAAGCUCCGAUUACAAAUACAAACUCCAUAAACCAAAAUAGAUCCCAACAGAUUCAAAUUAUCAGUCGAUAUCCUAUAGCACAGAUUGCUGGCCUGCAAUCUGGAGAAGUACCGCUGCAUAGAAAUGAGCAAAUGAUCCAAAGUAUUAAUUUGGGGAGUCCGACACAGCAACCCCAAAUCUACGGCCUUCCACACCCUUGGCAUCAAACAUCUAGAGUUCAAGUAUGCCAAAAGGUUCAACAACCAGUGAGCCAGAUCAUAGCUGUUGGUGAGAAGGCCCAUAACAAGUCGUCGGACUUAGAAGAAAACAAAUGUUAUGUCCCCAAAUACCAAUUACCGUGUCCGACCCAAAGACCAAGUCAAACAUUUUCAUUCACAAACACACAAGGAUCUCACAAAGCGUUGCCUGUUUUACCGAUGCCCUUGACCAAUCCUAUUUUGAACACUUCAAAAUCAUCAGAUGCACUCAGAAAUGUUUAUACUCCUCAGCCCGGUCAGCAGGCCUCUGAUAUUAAGAACAAAUCUGUUCUUUUGCCUGUUGAGCAGCACAGGGACUCGAACAAUCAGACCCAAGCAGGUGGUAUUCCAUUGCCACAAAUCCUGAUAACUCAUGAGCAGAUGCACACUUCUCCCUCUGUCUCCGGGAAAAACACCCAUCCAUCCAAUCAUAACGUAGAUGCUGAAACUCAUGCUGCACCAAUGAUAAAGAAGGAUUGCACUCAGUUUGUAAAUAUUCAUAACAACGCUGGGGAAAGAGUGUCGUCUCUGGGGUCUUUGCAUUGUACACAGAAACUUGCAUCAGUGACUCUUUGCCCACAACAGGAGCCCAUUGCAUCAAGUAAAAGAAUGCUAUCACCUGCUAACAGUUUGGAUAUCUACAUGGAAAAGCAUCAAAAACGUGCCAAGGAUGAGCACGGUGUCGCCUGCCUUACUGACGGAAGAUCGGUCAAUUAUCUUAAUUCCAAUUUGUCGGAAGUGACCAGACAGCGGAAACUGACACUUGUAAGGCAGGUGUGUACUACGGAGCCGGUGGACAGUCCCAUUGAAACAGAGGCCCCUCCUUUGCCUCAGGUUAAAACGGAUACUGAGAAGGACCUCGAUGAUGUUAAGCCCAUGUCACCUGACAGUACCGGUUUGGAAAAAAGUACAAGCACAAUUAUUCCUGAAGAAGCAGGCCCUGCUAUAAAUACUUCGCCCCAUCGCCAGGGUUCCUGUACACCAGCCACUAACUCUCACAAAAGUCAAGAGAAAGCGGAUGAGCAGAAGUGGAAUUCCGUGAAAUCACCAAUAAGACCCUCAAGUUUCCACGGUGGUCAAGUAAAACUGAGCACAUCUGUUUCUGUGGUUAACACCAAAGACAGCCAUCGCUUGUCCUUCCCCAGCCUAAAAACGACCACCACUUUCACGUGGUGCUUCUUGAUGAAAAGAAAAUCACUUCACAAGCUACAAAGUGACCUGAAGACUUCCGCUUAUGCUGCCUGGGCAGUGAACCCAAAUAAUCCAAACCCGCUCGGGUUGCCCACAAAGGUGGUCAUGUCGCUCCUUGACUCCAAACACACCUCCAAGAAAAUCCACUACACUUCAGCUAUAAGAACAACAGGAAAAUCUGAUAUCUUGUCUUACUCGGGCAAGCUCAAAGAUGUCAUGCCGAGGGUACCACUGACCCAGAAGACUUUAUCAGUCGAAGCCAGAAGUAAAGUACAAACAGAAACUCAUUCUAGCAAUGACUCAGACAAGGAGGUGGCACCAAAAACAGAACCAAGGCGUAUCAAAAUCUUUGACGGCGGAUACAAAUCCAAUGAGGAGUAUGUUUACGUACGUGGGCGAGGGCGCGGUAAAUACAUCUGCGAGGAAUGUGGGAUCCGCUGUAAGAAGCCCAGCAUGUUGCGCAAACAUAUUCGCACCCACUCUGAUGUUCGGCCGUAUCACUGCAUCCACUGCAACUUCUCCUUCAAGACUAAAGGAAAUCUCACCAAGCACAUGAAGUCCAAGGCACACAGUAAGAAAUGCAUGGAAAUGGGGGUGCCCAAUGGACUCAUCGAAGACCAGGAUGCAGAGGAUUCAGGAGACCGCAGUCAGGUGAGCAGCGCUGACCGCCAAGAUUCAGACGGCGACGACUCCGAUGGCCCCGAUGAGGAAGAGAAUGAAGACAACGACGAGGAAGAAGACGACAGCCAAGCUGAGUCGGGCCUGUCCACGAACCCGUCUGUGUCUGCCAGUCCGCAGCAUAUUCCAUCUAAAGAGGCCGAGGUCCCGCCCAGUGCCCUCCUGGCACAGAUGUCAAUCAGCUCCAUUUCACAGCCUCUGGUUCCCGAAGCCCACACAUCAGACUCUCACUCUGUACCCAUCGUCAACCCGUUGUCCCUGAGCAAGCAGAUGUCUAUCUCGGGGUCCUGUCCGAGCUCAGCGCCCUUCUCUUUUAGUUCACUACCCGCCACGACGGACUGCAACAUCUCGGACACGGAGUCGGUGCACAUGAUGAGCCCCGUGUCACCGUGCAGGCAGAUGUCCAUCGACUACCCGGACUGUGAUGUGCCUCCGAGUCCACCAGUGUCAGGGAUGGGCUUUCGACCAAGUCAGGAGCCCCUGUUUGCUGCUCAUCCCAUGGCAACAACUGAGUCUGGAUUACCAGUGGACCGCAGCACUCAGACCUCCACUUCCCAAAGUCCGACACAUGUUCCCCUACAAGGUGUGUCCCAGGCCCCAAGAAUGGAGACACAGACCCACCUCUUCAGUCACCUGCCUCUGCAUUCCCAGCAGCCUUUUCGCUCCCCUUACAGUAUGAUUCCUGUCGGGGGAAUCCAACUGGUGCCUGCUGGCCUGGCAGCUUAUUCUACUUUUGUGCCAAUUCAGGCCGGUCCUGUGCAGCUCACCAUCCCAGCCGUUAGCGUUAUCCACAGAAACUCAAGCCCGGCACCGAACUCUUCGCCCCAGCCGGACUUGCAGCCGCUUGUGGUCCAGGAGCCGAUCAGUAACGUGGUGCCCUGCUUCCCCGUCAGCCAGGUCACCACCGAUUUACAAGGUCAGACAUUGCAGCCGCUAGGUUUGGAGACACUCAACCUAAUGGGCUUGACCAACGCAGGGCUCACACCCGCUCAACUGCUCCCCCAGCAAGGGGUCGCCCUGCAGGUUUUAGCCGCUAGCCCCACUUCCCAAAGCAGCACCAGCACCCAAACGCAUGUCCCGGGCCUGCAGAUAGUAAACAUCGCCCUCCCUGCUAUCAUCCCCUCCCUGAGUCCACUCCCUGCCCUCAGUCCUCUUUCAGGGUCGUGUGAGAGACAAGGGAGCCCGGACACACUCGGAGCACAAUCAUCUCAAACUGAAAGUCCUUCAGGUUGCAUGGCCACCUCCCCGCCUGCACCUUUGACACUCUUCACCUCAUCGGAGUUGACCCCGAGCAGCCUAGGAGAGCACCUCACACAGACUUUGGAGAGGACAGAAGGGUCCCCACGGCAACAGCCGCCCCCAAAAAGUCCGGCACAUUGCGUGGCAUCCCCCGAGGGAGGCGGCGGCGGUGAUGCCGCGCCGAUGAGAGCACCGCCGGUGUCCACCUGGCAGAAGGUCAUGGAUGACUAUAAUGAGGUUUCCAGUGACGAUGAAGACAGGCUGGUUAUUGCCACCUGAGAAGACCCCUCAAGUAGAACGCUCUUUUUUUUUUUUCUUUUCGAAUUGGAGUCACUUUAAGACUGAAAACACUUUUUCAGGGGUUUGUAUCUUUUACAAAUCACCUUUCAGAGCACAGAUGCUGACAUUCAUAUUGUACGUGCAAUCAUAUGGCAAUUAUAACGAAGACCAAUACUUUUAUUUCUACUUUUUUUUUGUACAUGUUGUAUAGACAAUUGUGCCUUUUAUGGAGUUUGUUGAACCUGUACAUAAUUCCUGAUCAAUUCAAUAGUCGCUUGUGUUUAUAUAUAUAUAUAUACAUAUAUAUACACCAAUAUAUAUAUAUAUAUAUAUAUAUAUAUAUAUAUAUAUA